CAAGGCUACCAAUCAUGGCUAUUCCCACAGACUUUUUCACGUUCCACAAUGUUAUUGCUGGCAAAUGCCGGUCGAGUGAGCGGACCGACAGAACCAUCAACCCAUCAGACCGAAAACCCCUUUGGGAGGUACCUGUCGCUUCAACGCAGGAUCUUGAUGAUGCAGUAGCUUCCGCCCAGAACGCGUUUGUCAAAUGGUCGAAAACGAAGUGGUCGGACCGACAAAGUUAUCUGGCGCGAGCUCGAGAUGUUCUCUUCCAGAAUAGGGACCAGGUGGCGCAGCUGAUUGUACAAGAGGGUGGGAAGCCGCCUCAAUUUGCGGCGCUUGAAGUUGAGCAUGCCUUGAACUUCUUGGAUUUUUACAUAAAUCACAGUCCCAUCAAGACAGAGAUAAUGCAAGAUGACAAGGACCUGAGAAUCUCCGUGUCUUAUGCGCCAUUAGGGGUCGUGGCCGCUAUCUGUCCUUGGAACUACCCAUUGGUACUUGCAAUGGGGAAAAUCUCGGCCGCACUGGUUACAGGAAACUGUGUUAUCACAAAACCAUCGCCCUUUACUCCAUACAGUAUCCUCAAGUUCACUGAACUUGUUCGUGACAUCUUCCCACCCGGAGUAAUCCAGGCACUUCACGGAGACGCAAGUCUGGGACCAAGGAUUUGCCAACAUCCGGAUAUCCAGAAGAUCAGCUUCACUGGGUCUACCGCCACGGGUAAAAAGAUCAUGGAAUCGGCGAGCAAAACCCUGAAGCGAGUUACUUUGGAGCUCGGCGGUAAUAAUGCGAGCAUCGUGUGCUCUGACAUUGAUGUGGACAUCGUUGCUCCACAGAUCGCCUUGGGGUCUUUCUUCAAUUCUGGCCAACUCUGCGUGGCAAGCAAGAGGAUUUAUGUUCACCAAGACAUAUACGAAAAGUUUCUGACAAAGAUGGUCGAGGUUGUUAAAUCUUGGAAGGUGGGGCCUGCCACAACGCCUGGCAUAAUGUUGGGGCCGCUGCAAAAUGAAGCCCAGUACAAAAUUGUCAAGGAAUUCUUUCUUGACACGAUGAAGAAUGGGUACAUGUUUGCGCUUGGGGGUCAGGAUUUCAACACCACUGACAACUUUGUGAUUGAACCGGCAAUCGUCGCCAAUCCACCAGAUGACUCUCUGGUUGUAACUGGUGAAGCCUUCGGUCCUAUCGUGCCGGUUAUGUCAUGGUCUGACGAAGAGGAUCUCAUCAAAAGGGUCAACGCAACGACCACGGGAUUGGGAGGGGCUGUUUGGUCGAGCAACACAGAGGAGGCUCAUCGCUUAGCUGCCUUGACUGAUGCCGGUACUAUUUGGAUCAAUAGUUUUGAAAAGCCUCUCCCGCAAGCUUUCUUUGCUGGCCGGAAGGAAAGUGGACUUGGUGGAGAAUGGGGCAGUCAAGGCUUGCUGUCUUAUUGUAGUUCCCAGACUAUUCACCACUACAAGGCCCCAGUCACCCCUAACUUGUAAUUUAC